AUGUCCAAAGAACGUUGCCACCAAUACUGGCCUUCCGAGAGAUCUGCCCGCUACCAGUACUUUGUGGUUGAUCCGAUGGUCGAGUACAACAUGCCCAACUAUACGCUUCGCGAAUUCAAGCUGAGCGAUGCUCGCGACGGUCAGUCGAGGACACUGCGCCAGUUCCAGUUCACCGACUGGCCUGAGGCCGGCGUCCCGGAGACCGGUGAAGCGCUGAUAGAAUUCCUCGGACAGGUUCACAAGACUAAAGAACAAUUCGGUCAGGAAGGACCGAUUACUGUGCAUUGCAGCGCUGGAGUCGGCCGGACCGGGGUCUUCCUGGCCCUCUCGAUUGUCCUCGAUAGAAUGCGCUACGAAGGCGUGGUCGACAUGUUCCAGAGCGUUAGAAUGCUGCGAACCCAACGACCCAGUAUGAUCCAGUCUGAAGACCAAUACCAAUUCUGCUACAAGGCGGCUCUCGAGUACCUGUCCUCGUUCGAUCACUAUGCCAACUAA